GUGUGAACAAACCACGAUUAAAGCUUCAGCUUUAGUUGCAGAAUUUAAGUGGAGGAAUGCAGAGUGUUUGUGUGUCCACAGAUCUGAGACCUCUAGAUGCAGAACAAAGACGCUUGAGUGAAGGAAAGGAAAUAUAACUUGUAAGGACCAGUGCAGAUAUGUGGCCUCCCCAGGGGCCACAUCGCGUUAUUUGCAGAGGAAAGGUAGUACUCCUUGGGCUGCUUACUAUCUACAUAUCUCUUCACCUUUCUGAAGGAGCUCCAGAGCCAUUUAAGUUCUUCUCGCCCCCAGACUGGGGUCUGACGCAUUUAGCCAUCCAUAACAAGACAGGAGAUGUGUAUGUUGGCGCGGUAAACUGGAUCUACAAGCUCUCUAGCAACUUGACCAAGUUGAGGAGUCAUAUGACGGGUCCAAUGUUGGACAACAAGAAAUGCUAUCCAUCUCCAAGUGUACAGUUAUGCCCCUAUGACCUUGCCCCAAACAACAAUGUGAACAAGCUGCUGCUAAUAGACUAUUCCCAAAACCGCCUCAUUGCUUGCGGAAGCACCUCGCAAGGCAUUUGUCAGUUUUUACGCCUGGUUGAUCUUUUCAAGCUUGGUGAACCACACCACCGUAAGGAGCACUACCUCUCCAGUGUCGUUGAGUCUGGAACAAUGUCCGGGGUCAUCAUCUCAGGGGGUCACUCUAGCAAGCUUUUCAUCGGAACGCCCAUCGAUGGAAAAUCAGAGUACUUCCCAACCCUUUCCAGCCGUAAGUUGAUGGCUAGUGAGGAGGAUGCUGACAUGUUCAGUUUCGUCCACCAGGAUGCGUUUGUUUCUUCCCAGCUGAAGAUUCCCUCGGAUACAUUGUCCAAAUUCCCAGCGUUUGACAUCUAUUACAUGUACAGCUUUAACAGUGAACAGUUUGUCUACUUCUUGACCCUGCAGCUGGAUACUCAACUAACUUCUGAUGCUAGCGGAGAACAGUUCUUCACCUCUAAGAUCGUCAGACUCUGUAUUGAUGACCCCAGGUUCUACUCCUACGUGGAAUUCCCUAUCGGAUGCACCAAAGAUGGGGUGGAAUAUCGAUUGAUCCAGGAUGCCUUCUUGAGCAAACCUGGGAGGCAGCUUGCAAACUCUCUGGGAGUGUCUGAGCAGGAGGACAUAUUGUUUACGGUUUUCUCUCAAGGUCAGAAGAACCGGACCAAGCCUCCUAAAGAGUCGGCACUUUGCUUGUUUACUCUAACAAGAAUCAAGGAAAAGAUCAAGGAAAGGAUUCAGUCAUGUUAUAAAGGAGAGGGCAAGCUGUCCUUGCCUUGGCUACUCAACAAAGAGCUAUCAUGCAUCAACUUGCCUCUCCAAAUUGAUGAUACUUUCUGCGGGCAAGAUUUUAACCAGCCUCUAGGGGGGGAAAGCACCAUAGAGGGAAUUCCGCUCUUCUUAGACAAAGAUGAUGGAAUGACUUCCGUAGCUGCAUAUGAUUACCAUGACAACACGGUGGUUUUUACAGGAACACGCAAUGGGCGAUUGAAUAAGAUUCUGAUUAAUUCUGUGAAUUCGUCCAAACCGGCGCUGCUGUACGAGAGUGUUCUCGUGAGCAAGGGUGGCCCAGUUCUGCAAGACAUGCUGUUUAGCCCUGACCUACAGUUCAUAUACACACUGACAGACAAACAGGUGACACGUGUGCCGGUGGAGAACUGUUCUCAGUACACAUCAUGUUCUGAAUGUUUGAACUCUAGAGAUCCUCACUGCGGCUGGUGUGUCCUACACAGCAUAUGUUGUCGCCAUGAUCGUUGUGAGAGCGCAGACAAAUCCUUGGGAUACAUUUCCAGAGUCAAUGAGUGUGAGAAACUGCUCAUCCAACGCAACAUCCAGUUGUGUUUGAGAAACGGAGGGAAUUAAAGAUAUUUCUUGCAAAAGAAUACAUGAAAGAAGUUUUUAAAAGACCAGAAAGGAAAAGUGUUAAGGGUUAUUCCUAUUAUGCAAUAAUAUUAAUAUAAUUGCUCAAAUAUUAAACUCACAAUGUAUUAUAUGUUUAGUUGUUUUUUUAUAUCACAGUAUCACAAUUUAGUGAACAUAGUGGUGACAUCUUAUUUAUUUCACAACUUUCACAGUGUGUUUUUAAUUAAUUUUACUACUUCUUUUUUUGCUUUAACUUCUUGAAUGAAAAACAGGCAGUUUUAUUAAAACAUUUCAACAUAUGUUUCUUUUAUAUUCCUUUCACUAAUCAAAAUGUUUAAAACAAAACAUGUUUUUUUGGGAAUAUUGUUUUAAUUGUUAAUCAAUAUAAAGUUUUUCCUGUGUCCUCAAGAUCACUUUCCAACCUGUUAGUCUUUUGUAAUAUCCCUUUAACACUCCUAUGGUAUUGAAAAAUGGCACCUCCCUUUGGUAUUCGCAGUCCUUUUUGACCAGAAGGGUCAAAUGUUUAAAGCUUUUUUUUUUACUUUUUUUUUUUAUGAUGAUGAUGAUAAUGAUGCCAUUUCUUCUCCCCUGAAGUAAGAACAAUAAAAUGCAUUUCUUUUGUGAUUUUAUGCUAUUUUGAUCUUAUUUACAUGUACAUUUAUACAUUUUACCAUUCAUUUGCAUAUACAAAUGAGCAAAUUUUUGAAGGAAAAAAAAACAAUUUAAAAUUCAAAGUUGAAACAUGAAGAAAAUAUGAGAAUGUGACAUAAAUUGGAGGCAGAUUGCUGCCAUCUGGUGAACAACAUAUAAAUAACAUGACUUGAAAACCAUGUCAUGCCAGUAACAGCCAGUAGAUGACUGUACACACAUACUGUGUAGUCUGAUGACUUGUUGAAACCUAAUGUUAUAUUUUAUCACAAGAUAUGCAUUUGGAUAUAUAUAUAGACAUUAUCAAACUAUUAUUUGUCAAAGUUUAGCAUUUUCAAAUUGAUUUGAAGUGUCAGUUUUUGCAGUUAAUGUCAUUAUGAUUGCAAUCAAACCUGACCAUGGUGUUACAAAGAAAAGACACAGAAUAAACAUUUUUAUGCAAUAAUUUAUUUCAAACAUAAAAAUGUAAUAACUCAAAGUAAAUUCAUAAUAAUGUCAAGAAAAUGAACAUCAAGAAACAGAAAUGAACUGCAAAAUUCUGAAAAUUCAAUGAGAGUAUAAAAUAAAAUAAUCAGAUUAAACAUUUUGCAAUUUCAAACUUUCUGUAGUAAAAAUGUAUUUUGCAAAUGUGUGUGUGUGUUCUGCAAUGUGAGUGUGUUAUUGUCUCACCCCUUCAUUUCUGAGUGUGUGUGUUUAGCAUGGUUACUGAUUUAUGUUUUUUUUUUUUUUUUUGGGGGGGGGGGGGGGGUUGACAAAUGUAAAAAAGCUGUGUUAUAGUUUCACCACUUCAUUUGUGUGUGUGUAAGUGUGUGUUUGUGUGAGAGUGGGUGUGUGUGUUUUGCACCGAGGAUGUUUUAGAGUCUCACCUUGUAAUUUAUGUCUGUUUUAUUUUUUUUAAUUUUUUUUCUGGAUUGUGGCUGAUUUUCUUUUUCUUUUAUGACCACUUAGACUUAUCAAAUCAAGCCCAAUUUAUUUUUAUUUUUAUUUUUUUAUUUUUUUUGUAUGUUCAGAUGGCAAAUGGAGGAAAAGUCACCAAGUCUUGUACUGCUCAGAUAAAGGAAACCAGUUUUAUUAAAUGAGGGGGAAAAAUUUAGUAAAAAAUGACCAAAUACCAUAGGAGGGUUAACUGAAAAGAAACAGGAAAUAAUGUGAUUUUUGGAGGGGAAACAACAGCACAAACAUCAGUAAUAAUUAGUGGAUUUGAUGUAUUCUGUGAUGUUUUGUGCUGUUAGUUGGUUUGUCUCACUCUAUAACAUUCCAUCCUGUUUGAUAAAAUUACAGAAAUGAGUCUGAUAAUAUCAAUAUUUCAAAAGAGGGUGAAAAGAUAUCAGAAGUAACUUCCUGUUGACAUCCUCCUGAAAACUAACUGUCAGCAGUUACUAACUUUAACUCUAUUUCCAUCUUGUUCAUUUCUUGCCAUUAUGUGAAUAGUCAAGUUAUGAUUAAAAGUUGGAAUUCCAAGCUUGAUUGGAGCACAUGGCUGAAAUUCUGCAUUACCCUUGUAUAGAAAUACUUGCUUAAAGGGAUAGUUCACCCAAAAAAAUAAAAUUCUCUCAUCAUUUACUCACCCUCAUGCCAUCUCAGAUGUGUAUGACUUUCUUUCUUCUGGUGAACACAAAUUAAGAUUUUUAGAAAAAUAUCUCAGCUCUGUAGGUCAUUACAAUGCAAGUGAAUGGUGACCAGAACUCCUAAAGCUCCAAAAAGGAGAUAAAGUCAGCAUAAAAGUAAUCCAUAAGACUCCAGUGCUUUAAUUCAUAUCUUCAGAAGCGAUCCAGUUGGUUUUGGGUGAGAACAAACCAAAAUAUAAUGUCUUUUUCACUGUACAUCAUGACAGCAGUCUUCUUGGUCGAUCAUGAUUUCAAAGUGAAGUGUAAUCGAUUUUUACAUUUGGAUGGUCUAUUGCGUAAUGCCACGCUGUUACAAACAAUGACCACAUAUGUGGACUGUAUGCUUAUUUUAAUUUAAAAUAUCCUAUAUUCACUGUGCAUUAUCACAUUGAGAAUUAAUGGGUUCAUCCAAAAGCUGGAAAAUGUGUCUUUCAGAGGCUUUAUAUGGAGUUAGGAUGAAAAUAAGGUGCAUUUCAAACUGUUCUGAGACCAGUGCAGACAGACAGCACACUGGAGGUUAAGUCAUUCACUAAAUAGGGAGCAAAGGAGCAUCCUAUAGCUCUCUAUGCAGUUAAGUGCAUUCACUCCUAAAAUCAGAUCAAAAGUUCAGUUUCAGGCUGCAGAUGAUGUUUGGAUCACUCAACAUGUUUGACAGACAUGAGACAAUGAUAAUCAGUACAUAGAAUCAGAAUUUAUAAUGUAUCAUUUUAUUUUAACAUGAUUGGCAGUGAUUGGAUGAUUCUGGACAUUACUUUGAAUCAGAAUUAUUUAUGCUAAUUUCUGAUGUCAACGUCUCAAAAACAUGAAUAAUGGAAAAUGCGCACAGCAGUCACGUUCGGGACUCAGGAGGUUAAACCUGAAAAUAACAAAUGAUUUAAAAAAAGAAGGUAGACUUCUACGUCCCUGUCACACUCCAGUUGUUGAGAUAUCAAAUUACUGAUCAUUAAUAUGACAAUUUUUACUGGAAAAAAACUGUAUUAUACUGUAUUAGAAAAAUAGACUCAGUCUUUUGAAUCCACUGUAUACUUCUUUAUUCAUAUAUUCUUAGUCUUUAUAUUCAUUCUAUGUAUAGUAUACUUAUUUUACUUAUACAUAUAUUUAAUACUGACUUUUCUUUUUUGAUUUACUUUUAAUCCUGAUUUUUGUCUUAUAUGUUUUGCUGGUCCUGUAUGAGCAUAAUACUGUGCAAAGGAUACUAUUUCAUUCAUUUCUUCUGGUAUGAGGGGGAGAUUCUCUUUGCAUUAUCUGUCUGUAUUAUCUUCGGAAGUUAACUGAUAAUGAGUUGCUGAUAGGGACACAGGAUGCUUUUUAGUUUUUAUAAAAUAUAAAGCAAGUGCUUUCAGAUUGUGUGCUUUGAAACAUCUCUGACUGAAAUUCAGGUCGCUGUUACAUUUCUCAAAGCUGUCAUAAUUAAAGGAGUUUUGCAUAAUCAAAGUUUAUAGACAUAUUUCAACAACCCAAAUAAUAAAGAAGCUUUGCAUUACACUCUUUAGAGGAAAUUGUCAAAGGUGGAAUUAGAGAUUUAGACUGGACACAUAUGAAGCAUUUGGUCAUGUUUUCUCUCUUCAUUUUUGUAUUUUUUGAUUAUCUUUUCUGGGUUGUAGAAACAGUGGUUUGACUUAUGAGAAACUACCAUGUUGUCCAUCUUUUACCUUUUUAACAAAGUAGAGCAUACGUGGCCAGACUCUGUGACACAGCCAUGUGCUUUGAUAGUGAAGUGUUUCAUGAAAUUCAAAAAUAGAUUUAGUUACUGCGUGAAGUAGCAGAAUCAGUGCCUACAUUCUCCACAUGGAAGCUCGCUCAGUUUUCCCUCUGGGAUCAAUAAUAUAUCUCUAUGUCUCUAUCGAGGUGCCAUAAUAAUUCAAGUGAGGUGUGACUGCAGUAGUAGAUGGCUGAUUUUCUCUAACUCACACUUGUUUUCAUGAAGAGCAGAAGCUCAGGGGAGGGUGGCCCGUGUGGUUGUAGUCAUGGUAACACUUUUGGAGAUGGAGGAAGAUAACAGGUCAGAAAAUGGAAUGUCACAUCCUCAAUGUGUAAUACUGAUCGCCAAACAUCGCUGCAGCUGCAUGUGAAUCAUAGAAAGAGAGUGUUAAACAUUGAUUUAAACGUGCUGGCCAGAGAAAUAUAGUUACAAGUGUGCUGUCGGCUUCUCUGUCGCUCUGUGUGUGUGUUUUGGAGGCGUGGUCAAUUCUGAGUGAAAACAUGACAGCAGUUUAUUGAGUUUAGACUGUUAACACAAACCAAAUAAGAGUUACUGAUCACAGAAAUCUGUUUGUCGAGAACAGUCCAUAUUAAAAUAAUACCAGGACAUGAAACUGGUGUUUUGUUAAAUAUAUCAAAUGAUAUACAGAUGGUCUCACUUCAUUGUCAAAAACACUGAGCUCAUCCUGAGAUGAGCAUUCACAGAUAAUGAACUUGGUCACAUUAUUCGAUUAAAAUCAACCCUGUUUCGCGUGUAAUGCGAAAAAUACAAUUUAAAAUAAAUCUGUUUUAUUUUUAAAUGUUUGUUCAGAUAUGUGUUGCCACUCAUCGGCAUUACAAUUUUACAAAUAUUUGCAAAAGCGGAAUUUGUCUUUGUCCUUUCACUUUCAGCCCUGUUAUGCUGCGACUUUUCACAUUAAUCAUUACGACAUCAUAUUUUAAGAAAUUAUACAAGCAGUUUCUUUUUACAGUCUUGGUAUUUCAUCAUAUUUACACUCAUAAUGGCCUCAUCAUGGUACAUUUUUCAACUCUGUUAUAGAAAGACUGUAUCAGUUGUUUUUAACAGAAUUGUUUUUCU